AUGAGGCUGCGUGGAGUCCUCUCCAUACUCGCAGCGCUAGUCGCGACAUCAGCCGCCAUCUUCGCCGAUGAAGCCUUCCACCUAGACUACCAAUAUAGCCUACUGGGCGAGCCGCAACCCCAUACCACCUUUUUCCGCAAACCUCACUCCUCCACGAACGCGUCCCUCCUUUACACAGUCUCCGACAAGGCAGUGCUAGGUGCUGUGAAUCCUAAAGAUGGGACCUUACUGUGGCGGCAAGCAUUGGCAGGACAGCCUGUAGAAAAUGGUUCAAGCUCUCAGUUGAUUUUGUCAGAGGACGAUGGCCAGAUCAUAAGCGGACACGGACGGAUAGUUGCAUGUUGGAAUGCUCUGGAUGGCAAGCUUGUGUGGGAACAUACACUCGCGGCUGGACUGGAGAUAGUAGGAGUGCAGGCUGUUCCAGCCCUCGAUACGAGCCCAGAUGGCGUAUCACAGGAUGUUGUGGUUUUGACUGUGCCAACAACUUCAACAGCACACGCAACCAUUUUCAGACUUGCUGGCGAUGGAAGUGGUGUUAAAUGGCAGCACGCAGAUCCAAGCCACACUCAAGGCACAUCCGCCUCGAUCGUUACAUCAGGAAAACACAUCUACUAUGUUUCGAAAUCUCAUGGCCUCUUAGCUGGUAGCAAAGCAAGAGUCGUCACUCUGGACAGCAAGACUGGCCACGAGGUUGAUUCUAACAGUGUUACUGUGGACUCCGAAGCACUGGGCACCAAUGGACAGCUUACGGCAGCGUCAUGCUCGACAUCCCCUUUUCUACUAUCAUCUGAGAAGCCCUACAAGUCGAUCAAGUUUACCCUGCUAGGAAGCUCAAAACCUGUCACACUAUCACUGGAGGACAAGGGAGAGGACAUCGAGCGAGUGAGCGUUCAUCAUCCAUGCCAUCCAGAAGCUGCCUCUCAUUUCUUGUUGCAUGUGCAAGGAAAGACACGGCAUUGGGCUGAGGUCUACCAUGUGAAUCCAAAGUCCGGAGAUGUGAAGAAAGCGUACUCAUUACCAGCAACCGAAGAGCACAGCACAUUUGCUGCGACAAGCAAUGACGCCUUGGUAUUCUUUGUGCGUUCCACAGAAACUGAAGUUCUUCUCUACUCCUCAGAAUCGCACGGACAACUGGGUCGAUGGCCAAGAUCAAGCGUGCUUUCACUACGCGAUGGCUACCCUGCGUAUACCAUUGCUGAAGUUGUAAACCGAGGGAAAGCCAGCUAUGCUGUUCGAGUUGCGGAGGUGUCGACAAAAGGAGUUUGGUCUUUGAUACGUAACGGAGACGUACAAUGGGCUCGACCGGAAAUGCUCGCAUAUGCAAACAUUGCUGCAUGGGCUGAAGAUGAAGGACCGGAUGCUUUAGCCGAGGAGCUCGACCUGGAACUCUCCGUCAACCCCUUGACAGCAUAUGUUCAUCGACUAAAGCGGCACCUACUCGAUCUACAAACCCUACCAGAAUAUCUGCAAGCACUUCCAGCUGCGAUUCUUACACCGUCUCCGGAUACCGAAUCCAGCGUACGGAAAGGUCUCGUGGGCAAAAAGACAGUUGUGGUGGGCACAACCCGCAGGGAGUUGAUUGCACUUGAUGCAUCUAACGGCGGUUUGGUCAGGUGGCAACAAGAUUUGACUCCACAGAUUGCUGAUGGAAUCGCAAUGAAGUCCAUCACGGUGAGCGAGGGGCGGGUUUCGACCUAUCUUUCGGACGGCUCGUUGGUGGUUCUAAACGCCACAGAGGGCACCUUGAUUGAGCACCAACGUGGAGCCAUUGCGAUUGACGACCUUGUCCAAAUUGCUGGAAGCAAAACAGCUGUAGUGAUCAAGAUUGACUCACAUGGCACUCCUCAUCCAGCCACGGAUUUUGCCCCGAGCCAUCCCCUCGAAGGAAAUGUCGUGGUUACGAUCGAUGAUGAUGGAAAAGCCAUUGGCUGGACUAUCGGCUCAACCGUCGAGAAGACUUGGGUCCUGCAACCACAGAAAGGGUUCAAGAUCACCAAAGCAGUUGCGAGACCCGAGCAUGACCCAGUAGCGUCGAUUGGAAGGGUGUUGGGCGACAGGUCUGUUCUCUACAAGUAUCUGUCUCCCAAUAUCGCUCUUUUGAUUGCUCAAUCAGAGUCAUCCCUGACAGUUUAUUUGAUCAACGCCGUGACUGGUGCCGUUCUCCACACCUCAACUCACCAGGGGUUGGUGCCUCGCACAGAAACGCCUGCCGUUGUCUCGGAGAACUGGUAUGCCUAUUCAUUUACGAGUCAAGACCCUACUACAAGCGCCGUGUCCAGCCAAAUCGUCAUCUCUGAGCUUUACGAGUCAUCCACGGCUAAUGACCGCGGUGCCUUGGCCGGCCGGUCGAACUUUUCGUCAUUUGGCCCUGACGCUGGUGUUGAACCUCAUGUCAUCUCCCAAGUCUUUACCAUUGGCCAACCAAUCUCACAUCUUGCCGUUUCUCAGACGAUACAGGGCAUCACCAGCCGACAACUACUGGCAACAUUGCCAGAAUCGAAUGCUGUCGUUGGUAUUCCACGGGAGGUUCUGGAUGCCCGAAGACCGGUGGAUCGCGAUCCUACAAGUACGGAGCGCGAAGAAGGAUUGACGCGAUACUCGCCAGUGCUUGACUUUGACCCGAAAUGGUCCUUGACACAUUCGCGUGAAGUGAUUGGUAUCAAGAAAGUCAUGGCGUCCCCAAGCCUUCUUGAAAGCACCAGCAUGGUGUUUGCAUUCGGGCAUGAUGUGUUUGGAACGCAAAUCACACCCAGUAUGGCAUUCGAUGUCCUAGGGAAGGGGUUCAACAAGCCUCAACUCGUGUUGACAGUGGUUGCUCUGGCAGCGGGAGUGAUGGCAGUUAGGCCAUUGGUGAGGAAGAAGACAGUAGAUGGACGUUGGCAAUAA